AUGUCGCUUUUGCGAUCUGUUUCAGACUAUUAUUCAUCUCGAGACCAACGAGUCAUGCAGGUCGUGGAAACACCGCCAAGCACAAGCUCACAAGAAGAACAACCACUGGUUCCUAGUAGAAACAAUGACGGCUGGCAUUCUAUAGACGUGUUUUAUGGCAACGUUUCCCAUUUGGACGCGCGAUCUCCUCCCCCCGCAUUUCACGGAAGAACCCCGGCUGCCAUUCAAGAAUGGUACGGUCAGGCUCAACAAGAUCGAAUCGUCUACGAAUUGCUCAACAAGAAGAAGCGGGGCUACUUUUUGGAUCUGGCGGCGAACGACGCCAGAACAUACAGCAACACGUUUGCACUGGAGCGACAUCACAAUUGGACGGGACUUUGCUUUGAACCGAAUCCGCAAUAUUGGCACGAUUUGUCCUAUCGCAGCUGUCAAGUAGUUGCUGCCGUGGUGGGUCGUCAUCGCAUGGAAGAAGUCAAGUUCCGAUUCCAAACGGGAGUACUGGGUGGCAUUGUGGAUGACCGCUUCGACGUCAAAACCACAAAUGACGAGAAGCUUUAUCCAAAUGAACCGCCGACCCUCAAGUACACGGUUCCCCUGCUGGAGAUUCUGCAGCGCUACAAAGCUCCAAGAAUUAUUGACUACCUGAGCUUGGACGUGGAAGGAGCCGAGGAAUACAUUAUGGAGAUAUUCCCAUUGGAGGACUAUCAAGUCCAUGUCAUGACAAUUGAACGACCCAGCGAAAGAUUGCAAACCUUUUUGAAGCAGCAUGGAUUCGGCAUGGUUCAAAAAAUCACACGAUGGGGUGAGACUUUGUGGGCGCACGAAUCCUUCCUGCGAGCGCAACGGCAACAAGAACAGAAGCGACAGUAA